GGUCUGCAGGCAGCUGGGCUGUGGCUCUGCAGUGAGGCUUUACAGGUCCUCCCUCUCUGGGACUGGGGACAGUGAUGUGUGUCUGACAGGGUAUCAGUGCUCUGGGAGUGAGUCUCAUCUGGUGAACUGUAGUGAUCCACAGAGCCUUAACUGCAUGCCUGGUCCACCAGUGUCCAUAGAGUGUUCCAAGCACAGGUCCAUCAGGCUGGUGGGUGAUGCUGGGGGCUGUGCAGGGAGGCUGGAGGUGCUCCACCAGGGCUCCUGGGGGACAGUGUGUGGAGACUCCUGGGACCCGAAGGAUGCUCAGGUGGUGUGCAGACAGCUCCAGUGUGGGACGGCUCUCCGUAACCCAGUGCCCACCUUCUUUGAUCCAGGAACUGGGCCCAUCUGGCUGGAUGAGGUGGACUGUAAGGGGACUGAAAUGUCUCUGUGGCACUGUCCUUCAGCAUGGUGGGGACAGAAUGGCUGUGUCCGUAAGGAGGAUGUAGGAGUUGUGUGUUCAGAAUAUAAAGAGAUCAGGCUGGCUGACGGCUGCUCUGGGCAGUUGGAGGUUUUCUACAAUGGCACCUGGGGAAAUGUGUGCUUCAAUCAAAUGGACGCAAACACAGCCAACCUGAUAUGUCAGCAUCUCAACUGUGGAAAGAGUGGGACUGUUUCUAACUCAUGGUCUCGACUGAAAGGAGCUCCGAACUGGCUUGAUAACCUGAAAUGUCGCCCACAUGACUCCACACUGUGGCAGUGCCCAUCCUCUAACUGGGGAGACAAUAAAUGUGAUGAAGGUGAAGUGGCUCAGAUCACCUGUGACGGUAUUCCAGCAACAUCAACAACAACAAAAAAAGUUGUACUCCCCAUUCCUUUUGUGGUUUUCCUGGUACUGGGAGCUCUUGUCUUCCUGCUGCUGGUCAUAAUAGCUGUCCAGUUGUACCAGAACAGAGUGCUGAAGAGAGGUACAGAAGUAUACAGCUAGGGGAUGACUUACAUUAAGAAUGAUCUCUCUGAAUGAUUCAUAUUAAGUUUGUGUUACUCUUUGCAUUUUUCAUUGUUGGCUUUAGUAAUAGACAGACAGGGGGUCAGAGGUCAUGUGACACAGAGAAUUAGCCUAUAGCAAUAGCCUAAUU